AUCAUGUAAGCAAGCGGGUGUCCCCCGCCCCCGGCCCGCGGAAGGCAGCGGGCACUAGGACCACGUUGCCGGAGACUCGCUCGGCCUACCCUUUACCACGCAGGUCACUUUAGGAGAGGUGUUCUGGGGAUGUACCCCGCCUCGGGCACGCGAAGCUCGCGUUCUUCCACUGAGCUGCAUCCUCAGCGCCCCUAGUCGGUAAUUUUUUUUUUUUUACAAGCCCCGUCCCAGGGGCCUCGACGCCCUCCCAGGCUUAUAACUUUGCAACAGCAUCCGAAAAACGCGAGCCCCCUCUGCAGGCCUCAGUCUCCCCAUCCAUCAAAUGGGCAACUGAGGCAGCUAGAGGUCCAGGGGAUAACGGUUCUAGGAGGCGCCCAACACACCGAUUGGAUGGCCGCGGUGCGCGGUAUUUUUCCACCUCCGGGCGCCCCUCCCAGCCCGCCCGGUUUCCGCGGGUCCUCCAGGAAGCGGCCCCGCGCGCCGGGCCCCGCCCACAGGCCGGGCCGCGGCGCGGGGCCCCUCCCCGGGGUUGCUCGGGCUCCGCGCUCCUCGGCCGAAAAUUCGCCUCCGGCUCCGAGGGGAGCGUGUGGCCGGGUGGGGACGGGCCCGUGCCCCGAGUGGCGCUGAUAAGAAAGCUCCAGGACAAGUGGCCGGCUCGGCCCGCUUGGGCAUUAUUUCCCGGACUCCGCCGCGGCCGGGGAAGGGACAGCGACCUGCGCGGCCCCGCACCCGUGGCGAAUCUGCAGCUCCGGCGCCCGCGGGCCGAGCCCGGCCGGCGCAGGGAAGAGGAGCGAGGAGCGCGCAUCCUGCCCGCCGCUCCGCCCCGCCCGCCCGCCUGACGAAUCUGCGCCUGUUGGACGCGCCGCUCGGCUCUGCCCAGCCCUGGCCGGCCGCCCCCCCGGCCCCGCCCCCUCCUCCUCGGGGACCAGCCGCCGCUUUCGUCGCCGCCGAUUCGUCAAGGACCCCGGGCCGGAGCAGCCGGAGAGCGGCGGGGGAGCCCAGUCUCCGGGGGAUGCGGCCCCUCGCCAGGUCCCCUGAGCAGCCACUCUCGAACCGUAGCGGGCGCCGGCCGAGGCGGAACGCUUCUCCUCGGGCCCGUGCGUCUCCCGGCGGUGCCCGUGGCGAAAGUGCGAAUGUGGACGCGGAGCCCGCUGGGCCUCUCGCAGUGUAAAUGAGCAAAGAUGGAUCAAGAAGGUGGGGGAGAUGGGCAGAAGGCCCCGAGCUUCCAGUGGCGGAACUACAAGCUCAUCGUGGAUCCUGCCUUGGACCCUGCCCUGCGCAGGCCCUCUCAAAAGGUGUACCGCUAUGAUGGAAUCCACUUCAGUGUCAACGACUCAAAGUAUAUACCCGUCGAAGACCUUCAAGAUCCUCGUUGCCAUGUCCGAUCGAAAAACAGAGACUUCUCCCUCCCUGUUCCUAAGUUCAAGCUGGAUGAGUUCUACAUCGGACAGAUCCCACUGAAGGAAGUGACUUUCGCAAGGCUGAAUGACAAUGUGCGAGAGACCUUCCUGAAGGACAUGUGCCGAAAGUAUGGUGAGGUGGAAGAGGUCGAGAUCCUUCUUCACCCCCGUACCCGCAAGCACCUGGGCCUGGCCCGCGUGCUCUUCACCAGCACUCGAGGAGCCAAGGAGACGGUUAAAAACCUCCACCUCACCUCCGUCAUGGGCAACAUCAUCCAUGCCCAGCUUGACAUCAAAGGACAACAGCGAAUGAAGUACUAUGAACUGAUAGUCAACGGCUCCUACACCCCUCAGACGGUGCCCACGGGAGGCAAGGCCUUGAGUGAGAAAUUCCAGGGCUCUGGUGGAUCCACUGAGACGACUGAGUCCCGCCGCCGCUCGUCCACGGACACGUCUGCCUACCCAGCAGGCACUGCUGUGGUGGGCACGCCUGGCAAUGGCACCCCCUGCUCCCAGGAUACAAGCUUCUCCAGCAGCCGACAGGACACCCCAUCUUCCUUCGGCCAGUUCACCCCUCAGUCCUCCCAAGGAACCCCCUACACGUCUCGGGGCAGCACCCCCUACUCUCAGGACUCUGCCUACUCCAGCAGCACCACUUCAACCUCCUUCAAGCCCCGGCGGUCAGAGAACAGUUACCAAGACUCCUUUUCCCGCCGCCACUUCUCUGCCUCCUCCGCCCCCACGACCACCUCUGCAGCCAUUUCCACCACUGCAGCCCCCGCCGCGUCCUCUGCCUCUUCCUCCUCAUUGUCCUCGUCCUCCUCGUCAUCUUCAUCCUCCCACUUUCGUGGCUCUGACGCAAAUUACCCAGCAUAUUAUGAAGGCUGGAAUCGCUAUCAACGCCAUGCUUCCUACCCACCCCGCCGGGCAACUCGAGAGGAGCCCCCUGGGGCCCCCUUUGCUGAAAAUACAGCUGAGCGCUUCCCACCUUCUUACACCUCCUACUUGCCCCCCGAACCCAGCCGGGCCUCUGACCAGGACUAUCGGCCUCCCGUCUCUGAGGCUGCGCCCCCAGAGCCUCCAGAACCUGGUGGAGGUGGGGGUGGUGGGGGGCCCAGCCCUGAGAGAGAAGAAGCUCGGAGCUCCCCUCGCCCGGCCUCACCUGCCCGUUCAGGCUCCCCGGCCCCCGAGACCACCAAUGAGAGCGUCCCCUUCGCCCAGCACAGCAGCCUGGAUUCCCGCAUUGAGAUGUUGCUGAAGGAGCAGCGCUCCAAGUUUUCGUUUCUGGCCUCUGACACAGAGGAAGAGGAAGAGAACAGCAGCACUGGCCCUGGGACUCGAGAAGCGGGCAGCGAGGUGCCUUCGGGGGCCAGUCACGGGCCCUGCACGCCCCCUCCAGCUCCAGCUAAUUUUGAGGAUGUGGCACCUACAGGGAGCGGGGACCCGGGGGCUGUCCGGGAGUCUCCUAAGGCCAAUGGGCAGAGCCAGGCUUCUCCAUGCUCUUCCGGAGAGGACAUGGAGAUCUCCGAUGAUGACAGGGGUGGCUCACCCCCUCCGGCCCCCACGCCCCCCCAGCAGCCUCCCGCACCCCCACCUCCACCCCCGCCUCCACCUCCCUACCUGGCUGCCCUUCCCCUCGGCUACCCUCCCCACCAGCCUGCCUACCUCCUCCCGCCCCGGCCUGAGGGGCCGCCCCCUCCAGAGUACCCACCACCUCCUCCGCCACCCCCCCACAUCUACGACUUUGUAAACUCCCUAGAGCUCAUGGAUCGACUUGGGGCUCAGUGGGGAGGGAUGCCCAUGUCCUUCCAGAUGCAGACCCAGAUGUUAACUCGACUCCAUCAGCUGCGGCAGGGCAAAGGAUUGACUGCUGCCUCCGCUGCCCCCCCCAGUGCAGCUUUCGGGGAGGCCUUCCUCCCAUUCCCGCCCCCACAGGAGGCACCCUAUGGUUUGCCUUAUGCUCUGUACACGCAAGGGCAGGAAGGCCGAGGGGCGUACUCCCGGGAGGCCUACCCGCUGCCUUUGCCCAUGGCCGCCGAGCCCCUGCCCUCCUCCUCCGUCUCAGGAGAAGAGGCCCGGCUGCCUCCCAGGGAGGAAAGUGAGCAGGCCGAGGGCAAAAUCUCGCCCGCGGCCGGCACUGUGGGCCGCGUGCUGGCCACCCUUGUCCAGGAGAUGAAGAGCAUCAUGCAGAGAGACCUCAACCGCAAGAUGGUGGAAAAUGUGGCCUUCGGUGCCUUUGACCAGUGGUGGGAAAGCAAGGAGGAGAAGGCCAAGCCAUUCCAGAACGCGGCCAAGCAGCAAGCCAAGGAGGAGGAUAAAGAGAAGACGAAGCUCAAAGAACCAGGCAUGCUGUCCCUCGUAGACUGGGCCAAGAGCGGGGGCACCACGGGCAUCGAGGCCUUCACCUUCGGCUCAGGGCUUCGAGGCGCCCUGCGGCUGCCAUCUUUCAAGGUGAAACGAAAAGAGCCGUCAGAGAUCUCAGAGGCCAGUGAGGAAAAGAGACCGCGGCCUUCAACUCCAGCUGAGGAAGAUGAAGAUGACCCUGAGCGAGAGAAGGAGCCGGGAGAGCCGGGACGCGCAGGGCCCAAGCCUCCGAAGCGAGACGAAGAGCGUGGCAAGACCCCGGGCAAGCACCGCAAGGCCUUUGCUCUGGACAGCGAAGGCGAGGAGGCAUCCCAGGAGUCCUCCUCGGACAAGGACGAGGAGGAUGAGGAGGAAGAUGAGGAAGAUGAAGAACGUGAGGAAGCCAUGGAUACUACAAAGAAAGAGACAGAGGCCUCAGACGGCGAGGACGAGGAAAGCGAUUCGUCCUCCAAAUGUUCUCUGUAUGCUGACUCAGAUGGCGAGAACGAGAGCACGUCGGACUCUGAGAGCAGCAGCACAUCCUGCGCCUCAUCUUCCUCUUCCUCCUCAUCAUCAUCGUCAUCCUCAUCAUCGGAGUCCUCCUCGGAAGAGGAAGAGGAAGAGGAAGAGGAGCAGCCAGCAACUGUACCCUCAGCCUCGUCACCCCCCCGAGAAGCUCCUGCACCCCUGCCCGCGCCUGUGGAGGAGCCCACGCCGGAGAAAGCGGCGGGCUCCCCCGUCACGGCCCUCCCCGAGCAGGAGAAGUCUCCAGCCAGGUCCCCAGGUUCUGUGGAGGAACCACCUCCCAGUGUGCCCCAGCCUCCCACCGAGCCUGCGGCGGGACCCCCAGCCCCUACUCCCCGCCCCGAUGAGCGCCCCUCCUCUCCAAUCCCCCUCCUGCCUCCACCCAAGAAGCGCCGGAAAACUGUCUCCUUCUCCGCUGUGGAGGACGUGCCGGCCCCCGAACCGGCUCCCACGGCCCCACCGCAGGGCAGGUCUCCGGGCCCCGUCUCCCGCAAAGCCCCACGGGCCGUGGAGCGGACCAUCCGCAACCUGCCCCUGGACCACGCUUCUCUGGUCAAGAGUUGGCCCGAGGAAGUGGCCCGCGGAGGCCGAAGCCGGGCCGGGAGCCGAGGCCGCUCCACCGAGGAUGAGGAGGCGGAGCCGGGCACAGAAGUGGAUCUGGCCGUGCUGGCCAACCUGGCCCUGACUCCAGCCAGGCGCGGGCCGCCCGCCCUGCCUCCGAGUGAGGACCUGGAGGCCCCGGCCGUGGAGACAGCGGACGAGGCCGACCACCCAGCGCCCCUCCUCAGCCACAUCCUCCUGGAGCACAACUACGCCCUGGCCGUCAAGCCCCCGCCCUGCCCGCCGGCCCCGCGGCCCCCGGAGCCAGCGCCCGCCCCAGCAGCCCUCUUCAGCUCCCCCGCCGACGAGGUCCUGGAGGCCCCAGAAGUGGUGGUGGCCGAGGCAGAGGAGCCGAGACAGCCGCCGCUGCAGCAGCGGGACAGGGAGGACGAGGACGAGGACGAGGAGUCGGAGUCGUCUGAGAGCAGCAGCAGUAGCAGCAGCGACGGGGAGGGCGCCGUGCGCCGCCGCAGCCUCCGCUCCCACGCCCGGCGCCGUCGGCCGCCCCCGCCCCCGCCCCGGCCCCCGCCGCCGUCCUUCGAGCCUCGCAGCGAGUUUGAGCAGAUGACCAUCCUCUACGACAUUUGGAACUCGGGCUUGGACUUGGAGGACAUGAGCUACCUGCGGCUCACGUAUGAACGGCUGCUGCAGCAGACCAGUGGGGCCGACUGGCUCAACGACACCCACUGGGUCCACCACACCAUCACCAACCUGAGCACUCCAAAACGCAAGCGGAGACCCCAGGAUGGGCCCCGUGAGCACCAGACGGGCUCGGCCCGCAGCGAAGGCUACUACCCCAUCAGCAAGAAGGAGAAGGACAGGUACCUGGAUGUGUGCCCCGUCUCGGCCCGACAGCUGGAAGGAACAGAUGUUCAGGGGACUAACCGAGUGCUCUCGGAGCGCCGGUCCGAGCAGCGGCGCCUCCUGAGCGCUAUCGGCACCUCAGCCGUCAUGGACAGUGACCUGCUGAAGCUCAACCAGCUCAAGUUCCGGAAGAAGAAGCUUCGAUUUGGCCGGAGCCGGAUCCACGAGUGGGGCCUGUUUGCCAUGGAGCCCAUCGCGGCUGAUGAGAUGGUCAUCGAGUACGUGGGUCAGAACAUCCGCCAGAUGGUGGCUGACAUGCGGGAGAAGCGCUACGUGCAGGAGGGCAUCGGCAGCAGCUACCUGUUCCGCGUGGAUCAUGACACCAUCAUCGAUGCCACCAAGUGUGGCAACCUGGCGAGGUUCAUCAAUCACUGCUGCACGCCUAACUGCUAUGCCAAGGUCAUCACCAUUGAGUCCCAGAAGAAGAUCGUGAUUUACUCCAAGCAGCCCAUCGGCGUGGACGAGGAAAUCACCUACGAUUAUAAGUUCCCACUGGAGGACAACAAGAUCCCGUGUCUGUGCGGCACCGAGAGCUGCCGGGGCUCCCUCAACUGAGGCAGGGCAGGACUGGUGCCCGUCCCCCUAUUUAUUCUCCUUGGUGCCCGGAGCUCCCAGCGCCCCCACUUGGUGGGCUUGGCAGGGCCCACACACCCCCACCUCCAAAUACAAAUUUGGGGGCCCCGAGCCCAGUGAGGGAUGCUCAGUCCCUUGAGGCAACUUCUACCCUCCUGUUGCCCCCGCCCCCCACCUAUCCCCUAAUUUUUUUUCUUUGCGGAGAAGAAGCUGUAAAUGUUUCAUAGCUGCCAGCAGCUGUUUCCUGUGGAAACCUGGGGUGCCGGCCUGUACAGAUCCUGUUCUUGGGGGGCUGCACGGCCUCUUGCUUUGUGUUAAUGGGGACUUCCCUUUGUGCCCAGCGUGUACCCCUUCCCAGUCUAAGGGGUCUCUAGGGGCAGUGGCCAUGUUCUCCCCCUGGGGGGGGCCCUGCGCCCCCAGUCCUAGGGACUCCGUGCCUGGAACCCUGCCUCUUCUGUUCUGCCAGACCCCGAGGGUCGCCCCCCCCACUGCUGUCUGGAAGCUCCAGCUCGGCCAGGCCAGUGGGUGGCGGACCUUCCUGAUGGGCUGGAUUGUACAUAUGUUAAUAGUGCAAACCCAACGCCACAUUUUUAUAAUUGUGAUUAA